AUGAGCAAGCUGUGCAGACAAGUCUCUAUCGAAUCGCCUGGACCUACACUUAAAGAAUGCGUAUUCAGUUUCGAUGUGCCUGUGCCAGAUGUUCCCAUGUAUGGUGCCAGAAUCAGAGUGGUAUAUGCAGGAGCUUGCUAUCGCGCCAAUCGCACACGUUCUGCUUCAGUCUGUAGCACGUCUUCCGUUUCGUCAAUCAGCAGCCUUACUGGUGAAAUGGAGAGCUUCGGAAUUCACGGUUCCACUCCUGCACACAUUGGCUUGCGAGAUGGAGCCUUGUUUCCUGGUUACGAAGUUGCGGGUGUUGUAGAUGCAAUAGGUAAAGCGGCUGAAUGCAUAGAUGGCAUUAGUGAAGGAACAAGGAUAGUUUUAUAUCCUUAUGAAGGCGUGCCACAUGGAUAUGCAGAAUACAUAGUUGUGCCUGAUUUCAAAUGUUUGGUACCCAUUCCUGAUAACCUCCCUCUGAGUGUCGCCGCCAUGCUUCCCACGGGUGCUUUGUUAGCCACUAACACUGUGCAAACAGCUAGUGAAUGCUUAAAGACUAUCUUAGAAGGGCCAAAUCAAAAAGAAAAGGCAAAAAUUUUAAUUGUUGGCACUGGUGGUCUGGCAUUAUGGGCAUUGCGCAUUGCAACGCACAAUUUUAGACAGAGCAAAUAUCAUGACCGGAUCCAUAUUGCAGUAGCAAAGCUCAAAGAUGAAGGCUUCAUUCUAGCCAAAGAAAGCGACGAGAUAAGCGUGGUGCAAUGGAGCGAAGAUCUUUAUGAACGUCAAUUAAUCGAGCGUACAAUGGAUGCCUGCGGAGGUCCAGUCGACAUAGUGUUAAACUUCGGCACAACCUCGCGUUCCCUGCACCGUUCACUGCAAUGCCUCGCCCCGGGUGGAAUGGUACUCGUGACUGAAGACGUUGGCGAGAAGUUGAUGCCCAAAUUUGCAAAGAAAGCUGAAGAAAUGAACGUACACAUAGUUGUAGUCCCGAAUGGGUCAAUCGAGCAGUUAAAGGAGUUGGUACAGCUGGUCGCCAGCGGCGUUAUCGAACCACCGCCUCAUUCAGUAUUCCCCGCCGAGGAAGCGCAGGAGGUCGUUAGGAAGCUGUGCAAUUCGGAAAUCAAUGGGCGGGCCAUCUUGAAGUUCCAGAACAUUGACUAA